AUGUGUCGCUCACGGGCGAGAGGGAAGCCACUGCAGUAUAUCCUCGGAUCCCAGCCGUUUGGGGAGGUGGAGAUACUGUGUAGGAGGGGUGUCUUGAUACCGAGACCAGAAACAGAAAACAUAACCACCCACCUCGCCUCCCUCCUCCUCUCGCCCCCCUCUCGCCCCCAACAUCCCCUCCGCAUCCUCGAUCUCUGCACGGGCACAGGCUGCAUACCGCUCCUCCUGCACUCUCUCCUCGCCCCACACAUCCCAUCUCUCCACCUCCAUGGCGUCGACGUCUCCCCCGCAGCUCUAAAUCUCGCAGCCAAGAACCUCUCCCACAACAUCACCAAGAGCCAGCUCCGAGCAAACGCCAGGGAGCAAAUCUCCUUUGCCCACGGCGAUAUAUUCGCCGCGGGGAGCAAAACCAUGGUGUGA